UUUAGCACAUUAUUUACAUUUUGAGUGAGAUUGUGAUCAAAUGGCAUCUUCAAAAAAUUUGCUCUUUCUUAUUGGUGUUCUUUUUGCACUUGUGUACCUCAUUUCCUCUGAUGCAACAGCUGCAGAUCAGAAGAGCGUGAAAACCACUGGUGUCCACGAUGCCAGUUCAGGCGAGGUUCAUCAGGAUAGCAAAAGCGAAGAUCGUUGCAGACAUGGUUGCUGCCACUGGUACCAUGGACACUGCCAAAGAUGCUGUCGAACUGCCGAGGAGACCCCUGAAGUCACAUCUGGAGAUGAGGAUACCGUAACCGCAGAUCGUUGCAGACAUGGUUGCUGCCGCUGGUACCAUGGACAUUGCCAAAGAUGCUGUCCACCUGAAGAUCGUUGCAGACAUGGUUGCUGCCACUGGUACCAUGGACAUUGCCAAAGAUGCUGUCCACCUGCUGAGGAGACCCCUGAACAUCGUUGCAGACAUGGUUGCUGCCGCUGGUACCAUGGACAUUGCCAAAGAUGCUGUCCACCUGCUGAGGAGACUUGCAGACAUGGUUGCUGCCACUGGUACCAUGGACAUUGCCAAAGAUGCUGUCGAACUGCUGAGGAGACCCCUGAAGCUACAUCCGGAGAUGAGGUCAAAAAUUAA